CAGAGACAGGGUUCAGAAGGCCGCUUCCCGGUGUUAAUGCUGUGCUACUAACUGACAAUUUGCGGGAGACAUGUCAUCGAAGUGUCAAUUCGGGUGAGAUUCUGAUGCUCUGUUUUCCAGAGGGGGGCGCACAUACGCCAGGUUUUUCCAUAGGAGAACAGAGCGCAUGCGUGCGGAGUGCAGCCAGGCGAAUGGGGGGGGCGGAAUUUCCUCUUGGAGGCCGCGAGCUGGUGUUCCUCGGACGGACCAGUACUAGUAUCGUGGCUGCUCUUAUUUUCAUACCUCUGUUAAAAAUCUCUGGAUAUUAGAUCGGCUCGACGCUUGUGCUUGGACGGUGUGAUUCGUAGUGUAGCGGCAACUAAAUCUCUUGUCCUGUUUUUAAAAUUUAUUUAUUGUUCUUCCAGCAAAUGAUUUCAGCAAAAGCACCUAAUACCGAUUCGGAGCAUUGCGAUACAAAGUCCGGCUGACAAAGGCGAACACUUCGCUCUGCGCCCGCGGCACUGUGCAGCAUAUCUCUUCAAGUCGUAUUAAGAUGCAUCUGCGCCUUUAACCUGCUGAUUUACAUAGCUGUAGUGAGAUUAGUAGUUACAUACUUUGCUGCGACCUGAAAAUCCGUUUUGCUGCUGUUGCACGCCGUUGUGUUACUGCCCAAGAUCGUCGUGCUGAUGGAAACCCUGCGGACGCCCUGCGAAAGCUGGACUCCCUGCAGCAUUUAAUCCCCUUCAGACGCUUUUCAGCAGCGGAAAGGAUUGUGCAUAGUGGGACGAGUAUGCCAUCAGCUCACAUCAGUACAGCUCUGAUGGUCCGGCCCUGUGAAGCCUGAGAGAGCUGAUCUGCUGGACCACGCCAUUCAGCAUGUCGGGGGUCCAGGCAUCGUGGCCACCUGGCACAGAGUGUGUCGCCAAGUACAACUUCCAGGGCAUCAGUGUGCAGGACCUGCCCUUCUGCAAGGGAGACGUCCUCACUAUCAUUGGCGUCACCAAGGACCCCAACUGGUACAAGGCCAGGAACCCAGUGGGGGGUGAGGGUACCAUCCCAGCCAACUAUGUCCAGAAGCGGCAGGGCGUGAAGUCUGGGGGCAAACUCAGCCUCAUGCCCUGGUUCCAUGGGAAGAUCACGCGUGACCAGGCAGAGCAGCUGCUCUGUCCGCCUGAGACGGGGCUCUUCCUGGUGCGCGAGAGCACCAACUUCCCCGGCGAUUACACGCUGUGCGUCAGCUGCGAGGGCAAGGUGGAGCACUACCAUAUCAUCUACCACGACGGCAAGCUGUCCAUCGACGAGGAGGAGUACUUCAGCAACCUCAUGCAGCUCGUGGAGCAUUACACCCAAGACGCAGACGGCCUCUGUACCCGACUCGUCAACCCCAAAGUCAUGGAGGGAACGGUGGCAGCUAAGGAUGAGUUCUUCAGAAGUGGGUGGGCCUUGAGCAGACAGGACCUCAAACUCCUGAAAUGCAUUGGAAAAGGGGAGUCGGCAGACGUGAUGGUGGGUGACUACAGAGGGACCAAAGUGGCAGUGAAGUGCAUCAACAACGACGCCACCGCACAGGCCUUCAUCGCAGAGGCGUCGGUCAUGACGCAGCUGCGGCACAACAACCUCGUCCAGCUCCUUGGUGUCAUCGUGGAGGGGACGGGGACUCUCUUUAUCGUCACAGAGUACAUGUCCAAGGGCAGUCUUGUCGAUUACCUGCGAUCUCGCGGUCGGACGGUACUGGGAAGGGACUGCCUGCUCAAGUUCUCUCUGGACGUGUGUGACGCCAUGGAGUACCUGGAGGCCAACAACUUCGUCCACCGGGACCUGGCGGCGCGGAACGUGCUGGUGUCGGACGAGAACAUCGCCAAGGUCAGCGACUUCGGCCUGACCAAGGAGGCGUCCUCCAUGCAAGACACGGCCAAGCUGCCCGUCAAGUGGACUGCUCCGGAGGCCCUGAGGGAGAAGAAAUUCUCCACCAAGUCUGACGUGUGGAGCUACGGCAUUCUGCUCUGGGAGAUCUACUCCUUCGGGCGCGUGCCCUACCCCCGAAUCGCCCUGAAGGAUGUGGUGCCCCGUGUAGAUAAAGGUUAUAAGAUGGACGCCCCGGAUGACUGUCCGCCCGUGGUCUAUGACAUCAUGAAGCAGUGCUGGAAUCUGGACCCGGAGGGGCGGCCCAGCUUCUGCUGGCUGAGGGAGAGGCUGCAGCACAUUCGGGCCGAGGAACUCUGCCUUUGAGGGGGGAGCAGCCUGCUGAAUACCUGGCAAUGCAUGUCUCCCCCCGAGACUGUGGCCUCCUCACUCUGCCCCCCCCUCCCCCACCAUUAGUCUUGUUUGAAGCUUCGCUGCCCCUCCCACCCGGCCAGCCCCUUGUUUCCAUACCGACCAUGUCAUGUGGCAUAUCAGUAUAUGGCCCAUCUUUGUCGCUCUGUGCCAGCCUGCCUCCAGAUCACAGAGCACUUUUCUCCUCAUACUGCCCCCUACAGGCCUGACAUUCCCUGACAUCGCGCCGGCUUUAUUUCCCAUGAAUCCUUUUUUUUUUUUUUUUUAAAUUGGUUUGCUUUUCAUUCGCUUCCCACCCUCUGCCCUCGAAUACAGACUCAGAACUGACGCCACGACCAAACUGGAGAGCAGACGGACGGUGACCCCGAGGGGGGAGAAAGACACUUUUGUGUGACACUGUGGAGUGGCAGCGCCUGCAGGACACUCGCAUUAGGCACGCAGAACAAAAAUGUUUCAAAGGAAAAGUGGACUUUUUUUUCUAUUAAUCUUAUUUAAAGGACAAAAACCAGGAUUUGUGAGGUAGCCGGCAGUCGGUGCUGGCCUUGGUCUGUGCUUGUUUGUCGCGGGAGACAUUUGUUCGGUUUGCCGUCUCAGCUUUCAAUGUUCGCCAUUUUCUCUCUGCUGUCAUGACUACAAAUAAAUCCUUCCACCUGACAGGACCUGGAACAGAACCGUGUACACGUA